AUGGGGAUACGCAUCACUUCGUGGAACGUGAACGGCAUCCGGAAUCCGUUCGGAUACCAGCCGUGGAGGGAAAAGAGGACUUUCGAGGCUAUGUUCGAAAUACUCGAAGCCGACAUAGUCGUGAUGCAAGAGACCAAAAUCCAGCGGAAAGACCUUCAGGACGAUAUGGUCUUGGUACCAGGGUGGGAUGUAUUCUUCAGCCUGCCUAAACACAAGAAAGGUUAUGCUGGCGUAGCUAUUUAUACCCGAAAUUCCGUAUGCAUGCCCAUCAGAGCGGAAGAAGGGAUCACUGGAGUCCUGUGCCCACCCAACUCGUCAACCAAGUUUCGAGAUCUCCCCUCAUAUCAACAAAUAGGGGGCUAUCCAAAGCCAGGCCAGCUUGUGGGCCUGGUAGACGACACGGCUCUCGACUCCGAGGGCCGCUGCGUCAUACUCGAGUUUCCCGCCUUCGUGUUAAUCGGAACGUACAGCCCGGCCAACAGCGACGGGACCCGAGACGAUUUUAGGCUGGCCUACCUCGACGCGCUUGACGUCCGAAUCCGUAACCUCGUCGCCAUGGGGAAGAAUGUAGUUCUAACAGGCGAUCUCAACGUUGUCCGGGCGUCCAUUGAUACCGCUAAUCUUUUUGACCGGCUGAGAAAAGAAGGCGUCACAGUCGAGGAAUUCUUUUCCACCCCUGGGCGCCGCCUCUUCAACCAGCUCGUGUUCGAAGGGAAUGUACUAGGCGAGAGGGAUGAGAAUAGAGAGAAACCAGUGCUUUGGGACCUCGGCCGUCUCUUCCACCCCGCUCGGGAGGGCAUGUUUACCUGUUGGGACACCAAGAAGAAUACUCGCCCUGCCAACGUCGGUAGUCGAAUAGAUUACGUCCUGUGCAAUGAUAAUAUGAAGGACUGGUUCAUGGACUCUAAUAUUCAGGAGGGCUUGAUGGGCUCUGACCAUUGCCCGGUCUUCGCAACCCUCAAGGACAUAGUCACCAUUGACGGGAGUGAAGUUCAUAUUAGGGACAUCAUGAAUCCCCCGGGAGUGUUUAAGGACGGAGUUCGGCUUAGAGAAUGGACUGCUAAAGAUCUGUUACCACUAUCGGCAAAACUCAUCCCCGAAUUUGACCGCCGGCGGAGCAUCAAGGACAUGUUCUCCAAGAAAGCAGCACCUACGAAGCCGGUCCUAGCGCCGAUCAACGAACCGUCAGAAAAGAAUCCCAUCAGUAGUUCCGCAAAAAUGGAGCUGUCUAAAGACGAAGAGGCCGUCGAAAUUAUCGCUUCGCAAUCGGAAUCAGUACCUUCGGUAUCUUCUCCAGCAAAACCACAACCCAGCGCUCUUAAACGCACUUCUUCAGGCACAGCAUCAUCAUCGUCCAGCCGUCCUCAGAAGAAAUCAAAAGCCGCUUUGGCCAAGGAACCCUCAUCCUCGUCUAAAGGCCAAAGCAGCCUCAGAGGCUUUUUCAAACCCAAAGCCACCGCGAGCCCGAGUACGAGUCCGAUUACGGUUCCAGAAAAAGAAAUAGAAGACUUUAAACCGAGUACUCAACCCGACGAUACUACAGAUGUCGUCGACAAGCCGCCGCAAGAACCGGCUAACGCGGAAGAAACAAAAGACGCCGCCGCCGCCGCCGCCACCGCCGAACCAGCAGCAGCAGCUAGUUCGGAUAAAGUAUUCGACCCCAUCGAGUCCAAGGAGUCCUGGUCGAAGCUGCUAGGCAAGAGAGUCCCGCCGAAAUGCGAGCACGGAGACGAUUGCAUUAGCUUCGUGACGAAGAAAUCGGGUGUUAAUCGAGGGAGAUCUUUCUUCGUCUGUCCCCGACCUAUCGGGCCGUCGGGCGAGAAGGAGAAGGGGACGCAGUGGCGUUGCCCGACGUUUAUAUGGAGUAGCGAUUGGAAUGGGUCACAAAACGGAUGA